AUGUAUCUUGGUCGGGCGAAGCAAGUGUGCACGCAGCUGAUGCCAGGGCCCGUGGCCUUGAAAGCUUACCACCCCCGACAGCCCGUACCAAGUUGUUCCGUGUUUGGUGCUACUGGCGCUUUGCUGCUUGGCUGCGUUGCUGUGUUCCAACUUCCGGAGGCCCAGAAUAAGAAUAGCCGGCUCCCCUUCUAUUUCCGAUUAUUUUUGGGUUCUGUUUUGGAACACAUGUCCAUGACGACCAUGACCUUUGUAUCUGUUGAGUGGGCUUCUGUCUUGAUUGAUUUUUACGCAUUGUUGCUCGACGCGGACUUCCAGGUUGUUCGGAUGAUGCAAUUCCGGGAGCAUGACAGCGAGACUCCUGUUGCGCUUGUCAAUCUGCUGGCGCCCUUUGCCACGACUUUGUCGUCGGCGACAUGGUAUGACUCCUUUAUGUUUGAUCGUCGUUUGCAGGGCGCUGCGGGCCGACAUUUGGAUGUAUCGACCGUUAUCAUGGACGGUAACUUCAAGCUGAAUGGCAGAUCUUGCGGAAGGCCUUGCGCAGAAAUGGUCCAUAGUGCUGAGCUGGGCUUGUACACUGCUUGUCCAUGCAGCAAGAGGCCUUUGUAUCGCAAACGUAGAUGUGCUGACCAUGACCGGAGUGAUGCAUUGGAGGCGCCUUUGGAUGAAGAGGCAGUAGUUGCUCACAGGCGCCCCCGGGUUUUGAUGAAAGAAGCGUCUGCACAUCCCUACGAUGUGUUACUCAAACCCAUCGAUAGUGUUCUCACUCAGACGGCCUCAAGCGUUACUGGACGUUGGGUUCCGGCAAGCCAAGCCAGUGAACGGCAGUUAUGGGAGUAUUGGCAACAGCAAGAGUCCACUGGGUAUGUCAACAUGAAAACGCCUGCAAGCACGUUUGAAGGCAUGACUUGUCGAACUGGCAAAGAGUCGUCUGGCAGCCUCCUAUACAAGAGGUUGGUCCGGCAGGGGCGGUUGGGAGGAGUGCUCGUCGCUUGCUUGAGCAGCGGCUAUGUGUUGCACGUUUUUCCAUUCAUUGGCACGGAGACAGUCUUGCAGGUAAGAUUGGAGCAGAGGCGCGAGUACGGGCAGACUGUGACAGUGCUGGGUGCGCACAUUGCCAACCUGGUAGCGUCGCAUGAAUAUGUGGACAAGCACUUUGAAGUGGAAAGCAUCUAUGGCCCGAAAGGAGCGAGCAUUGUGCGAUCUGUGUGCCCUCUCUCAGCCAUUUGUUUGAACAUCAAUAUGGUCCAGACCAGAAAGUCUCAAGUCUCAAGCCUGAUCCAGAAGAUCUCGGACAUUGUCCAGCAGAGUUGUCGCAAGAGAGCGUUGGAAGCCAAUACCGGAGUGGAGCCAGGCAAGUUGAAACUCAAGAGCUGCACCCUGACAAGCUUCACGGAAGCUGCUUUGUGGGAGCGCUGUGGUGCAGAUUGGCAGCAGUGCUCCAGUGGACAUUUUGCUGGUCGAAAUCACUAUAGCACCUUGCUCAACUUAGACGAGAGUUACAAGUUUCUGCGCUACCUUGGUUUGACGGCAGGUGGCAAAGGAUGCGACACUACCUUUGAUGCGGCUUCGGAGCUCAACAGAGUUUUGCAGACAGGCCGAUGCGCUGUCCAGUUCAAGUCAGUUCAGAGUUUUGAAGACUCUGGGCCCAUCGUGAAUCUGGCUGGUGUGGGGAACGCGCAUCCAUCUGCGUUCUUUGACGUCAUCAACGGCAAUGCAGGAAGCCAUCAUGUGGCUUGCGCUGAACGCUUUUUGCUGAUCACCGGCAAGCCAGUGGAGCCUCACAGUCCACUUCCUCCAGGUCUUGAUCUCCCUGAAGGAUUUCAACAGUGGAUCUGGGCGCCUCUAUUAGAAAACAUGUUGGUCCCUUUGGGGCUACCUGGCGAAGCCAUGCAAGAAGAGUAUGCUCGGCAAACAUACGAGCAGGCGACAGGUGAAGAAGAUGAGGGUGGCUCUGAUGUUUUUUUGCCUUCUCCGCAUGGCUACAUUGUGACUCUCGCAGACGGCGUGGAAUCCCGUUUACGUUUCAGGGUGGUACGGGAUGCAGGGCACACGUGGCGCCGUCCAGAGCUGCGGUUCCCGAAUCGCAACGUUCCGCUGGCAUUGGAGGAAGACGUGCCAUCGAUGACCUCGCGCGUGCUGGCCUACUUUGAGCAACGGCACAGGGUGAUAGAACUGUCGCCAGCUGCCAGGGCAUUGUUUGUGGCUUUCGAGGCCACAUACAAUGUCCAAUCCGCUGUCCACAGGACGGCAGAAGAGUCGGCUGGGCGUUUAGGCACAGCCCCUUGGCACAUUGCUGUUCUGGCUUGCUGCAAUUUGAUCUUUGAGCUGGCGAUUGAGGCUGUGCCUGCAACAGGGGACCUGAAGGUGGAGGAGCGGCACAUUCUCAGAGCUUUCGAUCAGGUGCAAUUAUCGCACGGCAUCGUGAACUUAUGGAAAAGCAAGAUUCCCAUGAGCAGCCAGACUGAGAGGCCUGAUGUUGGUCCUGCUGCUGCGGCUUUGACUCGCGAGCAGCGUUUGCUAGCUGCGUGUCAAGCUGCGCCUAUCCCAUCCCAAGUGCCCAUCUUCGAGCCAACGCAGGCUGGUGUUGUGGAAGAAGAAGCCGGGGCUCCUCAGAGUCCAGACAAAGGUGCAUGCCCGGCUGUGAAGCCUCUGACCGCGAACGACCGCGAAGUGUUGCCCAUGACAGUGGGGUAUGGGCCCGACGGCACUAGCGUGCAGGAUCCUGCUUUGGGACCAGUGUUGCAUCCAGAUCGUGUGCUCGGGCUGUAA